AUGGGCAUCCAUGCAUUUAUCGUCCCCACACGGGACCAUGAAACUCAUGCUAUUCUUCCUGGAAUCGAGAUCAAUGAUUGUGGGCACAAGAUUGGCCUUAAUGGUGUAGACAAUGGUGCACUGAGAUUCCGCUCAGUUAGGAUACCCAGAGAUAAUCUUCUGAAUCGAUUUGGUGAUGUGUCAAGCAGUCUGCCCACAAUUAACAAAAGAUUUGCAGCAACCCUUGGGGAGCUUGUCGGUGGUCGAGUUGGCAUUGCAUAUUGUUCUGUGGGUGUUCUCAAAGUCGCAGUAACAAUUGCUGUGAGGUAUGCUCUUCUGCGCCACCAAUUCGGUCCACCUAAGCAGCCUGAGAUCAGUGUGUUGGAUUAUCAGUCUCACCAGAACAAAUUAAUGCCCAUGUUAGCAUCGUCAUAUGCGUUUCACUUUGCCACGGUACAGUUAGUGGAUAAGUACUCGGAAAUGAAGAAAACCAAUGAUGAGGAUCUUAUUGCUGACGUACAUGUUCUUUCAUCAGGGUUGAAGGCCUACAUAACUUCAUAUACAGCAAAGUCUAUAAGCAUAUGCAGAGAAGCAUGUGGUGGCCAUGGCUAUGCUGCUGUAAAUCGUUUUGGAGCUCUGCGCAAUGACCAUGAUAUAUUCCAAACGUUUGAGGGGGAUAACACAGUUCUUCUGCAGCAGGUUGCUGGAGAUCUCCUGAAGCAAUACCAGGAGAAAUUUAAGGGAGGGACACUUUCAGUUACCUGGAAUUACUUGAGAGACUCCAUGGGUACUUACCUGUCCCAGCCUAAUCCUGUCACUGCCCGAUGGGAGGGCGAAGAUCAUCUGCGGAUCCUAAUUUCCAGCUGGAUGCAUUCAGAAUGCUUGAAUCACCUGCUUACACUUGCAGAAUCACACAUUGAGUCUGUCAUCCUUGCAAAGUUCAUUGAAUCAGUGAAAAGUUGCCCUGAUGAAAAAACACGGGGAGUAUUGAAGCUGGUAUGCGACCUUUAUGCGCUUGACAGGAUCUGGAAAGAUAUUGGAACAUAUCGGAAUGUAGACUAUGUUGCCCCAGACAAAGCUAAGGCUAUUCAUAAGCUGACAGACUACCUCAGUUACCAAGUGAGGCUAGUGACACGAGAACUUAUCGACGCAUUUGACCUUCCAGAUCUCAUCAUCCGUGCCCCAAUUGGCAUGCAAUCGGAGGCCUAUGCACAAUACACCCAGUAUGUGGGCUCCUAG